CACACAGUUCCAGGAACUAUCAUUCUGUGUUUGCGUUUGCUUCAAGUGAGACUGAGUACUUCUGGCUGUCCUGUUGUCUAAAGAAAAGUAGAAUUUAAAAAAAGAAUCUGCUUUUUCUUGUUUGUUUGGAACCAGAGAAAAUGGGUCAGAAUGAGUCUCAAGAGAUUCUUCAACAGGAGAAAAACAAAGCUGACACCAUGUGUGAAACAUUCAGUCAUGGUGUGGGUUAUGCAGCACAGCGUCUCAAGGAGUAUCUGGGCUUUGAAGACCCUCAGAGUAAAUUAUACCCAAGUACAGACACUCUGAAUGAAAUCUUCCUGGUCAACUUCAUUGGUUACUGCUUAGAAAAAGGAGUGGAAGGUCACAUCUGUACUAGUAAAAUGAACAAGCAGCAAUCCCUCCUGCUGGGAGUUGACUGGCUCUGGACUCUCUUCGGACCCAAUCGAAACAUUCGUCUGCAACUUGCAGUGCAGACUCGCUCAGUGGCUGAGUUGCUGAAUUCAGAAGAGGGCAAAACAGAUGAGCACCUAGGUAUUAACAUUAACGAAAUUAAACAGGCUGAUGCUCUGUACAAGGACAAAGAGCGCUUUGACAAGCUACGGGGCUUCUGCUCUUUGGUUGGUUCUGACUGUGUGGGCCUUUUUAUUGUGUAUGGCAUGCCAGGCAAGCCUCGAGACAUCAGGGGGUUCCUCAUGGACAGUAUCAUACAGCAGCUGAAUGGUUAUCCAUCAAAUGGGGAGUCAGCCCUAAGAAAUUUCAUUCUGAACACCGAUACUUUUUUGUCUACCCAAGAGGUGCUAGAAAUAUGUCUGUUCAACAAGGAUAGCUUCAAGAACAUAGGCAAAAUGUUUAUUAAUUUUCUCUAAAUGAGGCGCAACUGUUAACUGUGGUUUGCAAACUUGAUCUUUGGAGGACACCGGUUAGAUCCACACUGCUUUCAUAAAACCUUAACAGAAGUAAAAUGAAAAGUACUGUUUUAUGAAGCAGCACCAUUAGUACAAUAUUUAAGGCAGCCUUAAAUGUUGUGUGGCUACAGGGAUGAGUGCAGACACUGAUCUUAGUGGAAAAUCAUGACAAAAUAUAAAUGGCUACUUGCUUAACAGCUCGCCCGUGGAGUGGCUUGGUUGCUUGUGCUGGUAGAACGUGAUAAAAAUGUAUGAAAUUCUGCUUUUCUGUCUUUAUGCAUUAUGUGGGUACAGCACCAAAUCCAGCUUUUUGUAGGACAGGAAGAAUUCUAAAUUGUAAAUUUCUCCUUACUAAGGAACCAAGUGAGACCUACAGAUUAUAUUGAAGUAAGGGGCUAGUUAAGUAUCCCACAUUUAGCAGUCUGACAGUUUAGUUUAAUGAAUUAAGGCUUUGAGCUACUAUUGAUCUUUACCCUCAUGGUUACUCGUGGGUUUGAUUAUUUCAAUUUCCUUUUGCUUAGUGUGUGACUCUGAGCAAGUUGUCUAACUAGCAGUACAGCUGGGUAACCCCUGAAAUGAGGCUGUGGUGCUUACUGGGUUUCACCUCAUUAACAAAAAAUAAAUAUCUACAAAUAAAA